AAUCCUCGCCUUAAAGGCCGUCCAUACCUACCUCUAGUUAAAAUGUAUUGUUAAAUCAAUAAUUUCAAAACAUCUCAAAAGUACAAAGUGAAAUCGUCAGCAUUUUAAAAUUGUAUUCCCGUGGUUACCAAAAUGUUCAUAUCCUCAAAUUCAACAAUUAAUUGAUUAUUCAAUUAUACUCCAUUGACUUCUUAUACAAAUUAGAAAUUUUAUUGAAUAAUCUUCAUAAAUAAAAGAGACACCAACCCGUCUACUAUAGUGACAAGAAAAACGUAACAUUAAAAACAAUACAAUAGUAAAAUGGCUGAGGGUACAUACGAAUUUGAGUGCAUGCGAGCUGAACUUCUAGGAAUCGCGAAACCCGACCAAGAAGAAUUCGAAAAGGCUCUUGCUGAGCGUCAGAAAGCAGAACAAGAUGAAAUUGAAGCUUUAGAAGCUAGUGCUCUAGAAAAGGACGAUGAAUCACUUCAAAAUACCGGUGGAAAAUUAGACGAGCUAAAUAGUAUUCUAUCAGCGACGCAGUCGAAAAUCAAUCGAUUAAAGCAAUCCGCCCGCGGCAGUAUAACCACUAUGUUCAGAGGGCAAUCUGUUGAUGAAACUGCUUCCUCCUCAUCAAGCAGUCGCCGUGGUACAACAGGCGACGUAUCAGCUGGUGGUGAUAUCAAUGAUGCCAUUGACAAUCUUGAAGAAAUUCAAAAGCAACAAGGCCGAGUGUCCAUGAUGAGAAAUGCCUCGCUUGACAUUCAAGGCAAAAUGACUUCCCAUCUAGACAAAUUGGAUAUGUUAAUCCAUAAGGCCGAUAGAGCUGAACAGUCUAUGUCCGAACAAAGAAAACAAAUGCAAAAAAUGGCUAAAUAAGUAAAAAUAAGGCCUUGAUAUGAAAAGAAAGUUAAAUUAUCUAAAUGGAAUGCAAGCAAAACCCCCCUAAACACGCCCAGGAUGUGCUGAGCCAAAAUACAACGCGAUAAUAAACUUAGUUCCAUUCUGUUCCAACGAAAUUCAACUGUUUUAUGUAUAACUAACUAAUAACAAUUAACUACGACUUAUUAUAGCCUUCUUGCUUAGAUGAUUUAAAUGUUUUUAUAAAUAUGAACAAAAUAAUACUUAUUUUAAUAUAUACUUAAUUUAUUAUUGUUGUUAUAUUAUUAUAUAUGAUCUCUAAGCUGUGUAUGCCUUCAACUGAAAUAAAAUCGUCUUAUGAUUCAAAGCUGUGUGACCGACCAGGAUAAAAACGUGUAUUUCGUACAGAAAAAGCAAUCAUAUUAUAUAUUUAUCUGCAUAAUAACUAUAAUUAUUGAUGUAUAACUGUGUUAAUAUUAUUUCUAAAAUCAUUUUAAAAUAAAACUUAAAUGUACUCGAAACUCAA